CCGAAUUUAGGCGGGAACUCCGGAGGGUGGAGGCCUGAGAAGCGGCCGCUGUCAGAGGAAGCGGAGCGUUCGGCUUUCCCCGGCUGUUUCCGGCUCGGUUCGCCUCUCCCCGCUUUGACUUCGGGGGCUUCUUUGUCUCGCUUUCCGAUGUCGGGCGAACCGGCCGCUCCCGAGGAUACCCGGUCCAAAGCCUCCGCGCUCGGAGGCCCCGAAAACGGAGACAGCGGGGACCGUUGCUGGCCCAGCGGGGCCGAAGAUCAAGAGCAGCGUGUGGCGGCGUCUCCGCUCCCGCUUCCUCCAGAAAAUGAAGAUUCAAUUCAAAAAUCAAUCGAAGCUACUUCAGAAAAGGAUAUAUUACCAUGCAGGCUGCAGAAUGGAUCACCUAUAAAUUCAGAUACUACAAAGGAUCCUGCAGGUGCUAAUGGUAGUCCAGAGGAGCGAGAUAUAGUUGGAGUGGAGGAAAUUCUAACUGAUCAACCUCAGCACCAAGAGGAGGAAGCUAUAUUGCAAGUGACAAAAAUCUCUGCACCACAGGGACCAGGUGAUAUAAUCAUGAUACAGUCUGAAUAUACAGGUGCAGUAGACAUCCUGUCUGCAGAGCUAGAAACUACAGAUCUUCUAAGUGAACAGAAGAAAGUUCGGCCACCUCCAUUGAAUCCCCCCACUACCUGGACAAAUUCUAAGAUAAGGGAGUUUAAAACAAAGAUGGCAAAGGAGAAGAAUGCCCGAAUGCUAGUGAAACGGGGUGAGGUAUUAACAGUCCGGGUGCCCACCCAUCCUGAUGGGAAGCGUGUCUGCUGGGAAUUUGCUACAGAAGAUUAUGACAUUGGGUUUGGAGUCUAUUUUGAUUGGACUCCUAUUACUAGUACUGCCAUUACUGUUCAGGUCAGUGAAUCAAGUGAUGAAGAAGAUGAAGAAGAAGAAUUUGAAGGUCCUAUUCCUGUUGGCGAUGUGGAAAAAGGAGCCAAAAGCUAUUUGCGAAACCGUUAUGGGGAGAUCAUGCCAGUCUACAGAAGGGACAGCCAUCAAGAAGUGCAAAUAGGCAGCCAUGAUUAUCCAGGGGAAGGCAUCUACUUGCUCAAAUUUGACAAUUCUUACUCUCUCCUACGCAACAAGAUUCUUUUUUUUCAUGUUUAUUAUACCACCUAAAAAAGUAAAUAGUUUUGGUGCCAAGACUAAUAUGUAUAUCUUGUGAUGGCCAAAUUUUGUUUAUAUACCCUUCCUAUUUGUCCCAUUGUCCAAAAUGGAGCUAAUGAUUAUUAGCAAUUCCACUUUGUUGUAUGCAGACAGAAAGCUGAGAUUUUAAUUACGGCAAGCAAGUCACCGGACAUAAGAUUUAAAUGUCUGUUUUUCUUUGAUUGCACUUACAAUAACUGAAGUUAAAACAUGCCUUUUCUUUGGAAGUAUAUAUAUUAUCUCCUUCUACUCUACUAGCUACAAAUACUGACUGGAAUCAGCUGCCAAAACAGCCUAUAGAACUCUGCCCAGAACUACAUUGUUACUGUGAUAUUGUACACUGCCAUUUGCUUUGUAGUGGAGAUCUUGUAGAAUGGUACACACGUUGCCUAUUCAGGCCACUGGCAGGCUGUCUUCUCUCAUCUGCCUCCCAUAAAUGGUCAUCUGCUCAGUUGUUUGUAUAUAUUUUAAGGCUUGGCUGGAUGCAAUCCAAACUGCAUCAUUCUCUUUCAAUAAGAGAACAACAUAACUUUAAAAGAAAAAAGUAUAUCCUCCCAAAUCUGCUUUUGGUGAAUUAUUUGGGAAGGAAACAUCAACAAAGGCUUCUCCAGUUCCAGAAUUCAUAGUUUGGGGGGCACAAUAUGCUGUUUUAUUGGCAACAUUUUCCAAUAGUAAAAAUUGGUUAACCUCCAAAUGUUCCCCAAACAUUAUGUUCAGGUAAACGAAGCCAGGAACUGUUUAUUUCAGAGGGCAGAAAAUAUCCAUUUCAUUUAUCUAGAUACUAAAUGGAAGCAAUUUAUGUAUAUUUAUUACAGUGCUUCCAGAUUCCUAGGAGCAAACAUUUCCAGAAGAGUUUAUACCUUUUAAAUGUAUUACACAAGCACCUAAUAGUUACUAUAUCAAUAGCCAGACAGACACAAGAUACCAUUGACAAAAAGCAAUCCUGAACUAUAUUACAGCAGGCAGGCACAAAUGAGUCCCUUGGUAUAUUACAAGUAUUGACUUUCAGUGAUGAUUUUGUAAUUUAUAUGGAAGAGUGGUCCACAAAAGCUCACCCCCCAUAUAAAAUAUUGAGUCUUUAAACAAUCAGCAAGUAUUUCUUUUCUUUUUCACCUUUGUUGUUUAUUCAGACUUCAAAAUCACUGCCAAUAUUUAACAGAUAAUAGAUAACCAGAGUUGGAAGGGACCUUAUAGGUCAUCUAGUCCAGCCCAAG